AUGGCGAUCAGUUACGGAGCAUCAGACCCCAUUCUCGGUGACCGUGUGCUUUAUCCAUAUUUUUUCCGGACGGUUCAAGACGAUCAGAUUCAUUAUAAGGGUAUUGUGAAGUUGCUGAAAUAUUUUGGGUGGAACUGGGUCGGAAUAAUCACAUCAGAAGAUGAAAACGGUGAGAGGGAGCUCCGGGAACUGAGCGUAGAGCUGGCCAGCCAUGGCAUCUGCAUUGAGUUUGUUAUUCAGAUACCGGAAACACAGCAGAAGCUGAAUAUGGCUGCUAUUGAGAAGGCAACCAGCCAGGUGGUAAUCGCUUGUGACCCGAUUACUACUUUUCUCCAGGUUCCACGCGCUCGUUGCAGUGACCGUUGUCCACCAGGAUCCAGGAAAAUACGUGGUGAAGGAUAUCACACCUGCUGUUACGGCUGCGUUUCAUGCUCAGAAGGAGAAGUGUCCGAUGGAACUGACAGCAUUGCUUGCCAAAAGUGUCCUGAUGAUGAAUGGCCAGACAAGGCAAAAGUAAAAUGUCUUCCCAAAUCAUACGACUUCCUGUCCUAUGAAGAGGAUGUCAUGGCCGCCGUUUUUUCCUUCCUCUCUAUUUUAUUUACAUUUAUAACUGCCCUUAUUUUGGGAAUCUUCAUUUUGUUUUGGGACACUCCAAUUGUCAGAGCCAAUAACCGGAACCUCAGUUUCGUCCUCCUGGUCUCCAUCAUGCUGAGCUUCCUCUGUGUGUUUCUGUUCCUCGGUCGUCCUGUGGAUAUAACCUGCAUGCUGCGACAAACAGCUUUUGGGAUCAUCUUCUCUGUUGCUAUGUCUUGUAUACUUGCGAAGACCGUCAUGGUUUGCAUUGCUUUUAAUGCCACCAAACCAGGAAGUUACUGGAGGAAGUUUUUGGGAGUAAAAGUACCUAAUUGUAUAGUCCUGAUUUGUUCCUCUGUCCAAGUUUUGAUAAGUAUUAUGUGGUGGUCUAUUUCCCCCCCAUUCCAGGAGCUGGACAUGCACUCUUAUCAGGGAAAGAUCAUCAUUCAGUGUAAUGAGGGCUCGGUUAUCGCCUUCUACUGUGUCCUGGGUUAUAUGGGGCUUCUGGCAGCUGUUAGUUUUAUUAUAGCUUUUUUAGCCAGGACAUUACCGGACAGUUUUAAUGAGGCCAAGUACAUCACCUUCAGCAUGCUGGUGUUCUGCAGCGUUUGGAUUGCGAUGAUCCCGGCCUAUCUGAGCACCAAAGGGAAGAACAUGGUGGCCGUAGAGAUUUUUGCCAUUUUGGCUUCAAAUUCUGGAAUACUGGGAUGUAUAUUUUUCCACAAAUGUUAUGUUAUUUUAUUAAAACGUGAAAGGAAUGCUAGAAGAGGUUUAUUUGGGUACAGUCAAUCAUAA